CUCGGAAAGGGCAACCCGGGAGGGCCUCCGGGAGGAGGCGGGAGCCAGGACCGUCACCCGCAGCGCCCCGAGCCGGGACCGUCACCCGCAGCGCCCAUAGCCGGGACCGCCACCCGCCGCACCCACGGCCGGGACCAUCACUUGCCGCGCCAACAGCCGGGAUCGUCACCCGCAGCGCCGGCAGCUGUUCCAGCGGCCGAGUCGUCUGCCAGGAUGACUGUGGGAAUCUUCGCAAAUUGUACCUUCUGUCUGAAAGUAAAACACCUAUCCCGUGACCAAAAGAAAAAGCUACAAACCGACAUCAAGGAAAAUGGUGGCAAUUUUUCCCUUUCACUAAACUCUCAGUGCACACAUGUCAUCGUGGACUGCAUGGAUGUCCUUAGUCAGCACUUCCUGAAGUCCACCCUGAAGAACCACAUGCACAUUACGAGCCCUGAUUUUGUGUGGGAAUCUGUCAGAGAAAGGAGGCUUUUGGACGUGAAGAAUUAUGAUCCUAACCAGCUACAAAAAGACACACAAACUCCUGAAGAAGUGACCAUGAGUUCUGAAGAGAAAAUAGAUGAUCUACCCCUGGACAGUUCUUCAGAAGAGGAAAACAUUGAAGAAUUCACUCCGUUUCAUUCAGAGAAUGUUGAAACUCCUCAUUUUCUUCCUGUUUUUGAAGUGGCAAAAUAUAACGUCUUGGAAAAAGAGGAAGAGGGUUGUCUCCGAAUUGCACUCCUAGAGCUGCGCUGUGCCCAGGAACCCACUGAGGCUGCGUUUGCCGUCUUCUCGGUCCUCCUGGGGCCUGGCCCCAAGGCUGAAAAGCAUUCCUUUGUGAAGAAAACUGCUGCAGAUGCAAGUCAGUGCUAUGAGAACUGCAUCAAGAAGCUGAGGCAGGAAGGAUUCCUGUUAAUGGCGCGAGUCAGGCCAGAAGCCACGCAGUUCGGAUCGGAACAGCUGCAGGCGUUGCUUUUAGAGGAGGAGAUAAGUUCAAGUACUCUAAGCCCGGAGGUCAGUGAUUUGGUGGAAAUGAUUUGGACAGAAGCUCUUGGACACCUGGAACAUGUGCUCCUCAGGUCGGCCAACACCAUUAGUCUCAAUGAUGUAAACAAGGCAGAGGGAAUUCUCCUUCUAGCAAAAACAGCACUUAAAAAUGGAGAAACACAAGAACAACUUCAAAAAAUAAUGACAGAGUUCAAUAGAUUGAUACCCAAAAAGGAUGCAACUGCUAAAGAAGUUAACCUGAAAACAAUAGCUAAAGAUGAAGACCUCUGCCAGCUAAUAAGAGACAUGGUUAAUGUCUGUGAAACGAAUUUGUUCAAACCCAACCCACCAUCUCUUGCCAAAUACCGUGCAUUGAGGUGCAAAAUUAAACAAGUUGAUCAAAACACUGAAGAAUUUAUCAGUAUUAAAAAAGAGCUAUUACAGAAUUACCACAGUGUGGAUCCUGUGAACAUCCUGCAGAUGUUUCGAGUUGGCCGAGUGGAUGAAACCAUGGAGUUUCAGAGUCAGCUGGGCAACGUGGAGACCUUGCUGCAUGGCUCUGCUGCGCACAGCUUUGUGGGAAUCCUGUCCCGCGGGUUGCUUUUACCCAAAGUAGUUGAAGACCGUGGUGUGAAAAGAACGGAUAUUGGAAAUCUUGGGAGUGGCAUAUAUUUCAGCAAUUCACUCAGUACAAGUAUUAAGUACUCAUGCCCAGGAGAGACAGAAGGCUCCAGACUCCUGGUCAUCUGUGACGUUGCCCUUGGAAAGUGCAUGGACUUAGAGAAGAGGGAUUUCUCCUUAACGAAAGCGCCACCGGGUUAUGACAGUGUCCAUGGUGUCGCAGGACCAGCCACAGACUUUGAGGAUGAUGAAUUUGUAGUAUAUAAUACCAAUCAGAUUAAAAUGAAGUAUAUCAUUAAGUUCUAUGUACCUGGAGAUGAAAUAAAGAACUUUUGUCCUUGCAAUGAAACUGAAUUAGAGGAAUUCGAAACUGAGUCUCCAUGUUUUUCAGUUAAAGAUUACCAGUUGCCAGACACCAAAUCUGACAGCAGCAUCAAGGCCGGCCUUCAAGAUACCUCUGGGAAUUUGGUUCCUCUGGAGGAUGUUUGCAUCAAGGGGAAAAUAAUAGACUUUAUAGCUCAGGUUGUUGUUUUUCAGACAUACAGUAAUCAAAGUCAUGUGCCUAUUGAAGCAAAAUACAUUUUUCCUUUGGAGGACAAGGCAGCUGUGUGUGGUUUUGAAGCCUUCAUCAAUGGGAAGCACAUAGUGGGAGAGAUUAAAGAGAAGGAAGAAGCCCACCAGGAGUACAGAGAAGCCAUAAGUCAAGGCCAUGGUGCAUACCUGAUGGACCAAGACUCAGCGGAUAUUUUCACUGUCAGCAUUGGGAACUUGCCUCCAAAAGGUAAGGUGCUUAUCAAAAUCACCUACAUCACGGAGCUCAGCAUCCAGGGCACUGCGGCCCUCUUCUUCAUUCCUGCUUCUGUGGCACCCUGGCAACAGGACAAAGCUUUGAAUGAAAACAUUCAGGAUACAGUAAAAAAGAUUUGUGUAAAAGAAAUUGGAACAGAGCAAAGCUUCUCACUGACUAUGUCCAUUGAGAUGCCAUAUGUGAUUGACUUCAUUUCCAGUGAUACACAUGAACUGAAACAAAAGAGAACAGACUGCACAGCUGUCGUCAGCACCAUGGAAAGCAGCCGCUUAGACAGCAGUGGGUUUUGCCUUCGCGUUGGUCUGACUGAUGCCUAUCUCCCAAGAAUGUGGGUUGAAAAACAUCCAGAAAAAGAAAGCGAGGCCUGCAUGCUUGUUUUCCAACCAAAACUUGAUGUCGCUCUCCGUGGCCUGGUCAAGCAGAGUGAAGUGAUUAUUUGUCUUGAUUGCUCCAAUUCCAUGGAGAGUGCAGUGUUUUUGGAAGCCAAGCAAAUUGCUUUAUAUGCACUGUCCUUGGUGGGCAAGAAGCCAAAGGUCAACAUCAUCAAGUUUGGCACAGACUACGAGGAGUUAUUUCCAUAUCCUACCUAUAUCAAAAACAAAAUUGAAGCAACUGAGUUCAUUAUGACAGCAAGACCAGCCAUGGGAAAUACGGAUUUCUGGAAAGUGCUCCGUUACUUAAAUCUGCUGUAUCCUAGUCGAGGAUUCCGGAACAUUCUCCUUGUCUCCGAUGGGCACCUGCAAAACGAAGGGCUGACGCUGCGACUGGUAAAGAAAAGCGUCAGGCACACGCGGCUGUUCUCCUGCGGGGUCGGUUCUACAGCAAACCGUCAUACCUUAAGGAUUUUGUCUCAGUGUGGUGCCGGAGUGUUUGAAUACUUUAACUCAAAAUCCAAACAUAGCUGGAAAAAACAGAUAGAAGCCCAAAUCACCAGGUUCUACUCCCCAAGUUGUCACUCUGUCUCCAUCAGAUGGCAGCAGCUCAGCACUUGUGCCCCAGAGCCACUGCAGGCUCCUGCCCAGGUGCAGUCCCUGUUUCACAAUGAGCGGCUCCUGGUCUACGGCUUCAUCCCACACUGCACACAGGCAUGUCUGUGUGCAUUAAUCCAAGAGAAAGAAUUUUCUGCUAUGGUAUCAACUACUGAACUUCAGAAAACAAAGGGAACGAUGAUCCACAAACUGACAGCACGGGCUCUAAUCCGAGACUAUGAAGAUGGCAUUCUCCAUGAGGAUGAGACCAACCACCAGAUGAAGAAACAAAAGUUAAAGUCUCUGAUUAUUAAACUCAGUAAAGAAAACACUCUCAUAACACAGUUCACAAGCUUUGUGGCAGUUGAGAAAAGGGAUAGUGAUGAAUCGUCACCUAAUACUCCAAAUAUUAUGACCCUCAUUGCUGAAGAAGAUGUUGACUGUCUGCCGUAUAUGAGCUGGCAGGAAGAGCAGCCACAGUCCUGUUUGCUAGAGGUUGGGGACCUUGUUCUUGAGGACCAAGGUUUGCUUAAUGACACCGCAAGUGACCGGUCAAAGGAAGGCAUAGAUCUUGAUAUGCUGUACCAGGAGGAGCAGUCAGGGGCCAGAGUGAUAGAGGGAGUCAUUGCUAAACAGCCUCGUUCAUUGUCCUUUGAAUGGAGUGAAGAUUCGCAAUAUCAAAGUUCCACUAAAAGGAAAUGUCUUUCAUCGAAGUUGGAAGUUCCUGAAUGUUACAAGUUGAUUAAGUUAGUUGAUCAAGAAUCUCAGCGGCUGGAUUCUGAACUUGGAGGUGUGGACAAGGCUUUGGAUUUAAGUCAGGUGGAUUCACUUAAAGCCCUCGGACUCAAACGAAGACCCAAGGAAGCCACGGCUAUGCCUCCUUCACCUUCUUUCCUGAAAGAUCUGGUGGACGCUGCCUGUGUUCCCUUCUGUCCUGUACCUGCUGCUCAGGCGCUCCACUUUGAUUCUCCGAUCCCAUCCCCUUCUGUCCUCUUCUCCAUCUCUCCCACCCUCUCACAUCUGGGCCUUCCCCCUUCUCCCCCACUCUUAAGCUCUCCCACCCCCCAACAGCUGGGUCCUUGCCCUACUGCCCCACUCUGCCUUGAUUCUGUUUCUGAUUCUCCAAUCCCAUCCCCUUCUCCCCCACUCUUCAGCUCUCCCACCCCCCAGCAGCUGGGUUCUCGGCAUAUUUCCCCAGUCUGCCUCAAUUCUGUUUCUGAUUCUCCAAGCCCACCCCCUGCUUUCCUCUGCAGCUCUCUCGCCCUCCCACAGCUGGAUCCUCCCCCUUCUCCCCCACUCUUCAGCUCUCCCACCCCCCAACAAUUGGAUCCUCUCCCUGCUCUCCAACUCUUCAGUUUUUCCAUGCUCCAACAGCUGGGUCCUCCCCCUGCUGCCCCACUCUUCAGCUCUCCCACGCCCCCACAGCUGAAUGCACCCUCUGCUCCCUUGCAUGUCAGCCCUCCUGGCCUCCCAGAGCAUACAGGCUACCCUCCUGCCCCACCAUUCAGCUCUCCUGUCCCCCUAAGGCAAGUCUGCCCCCCUGCUCCCCCACUCUUCAGCUCUCCUGUCCCCCCACAGCUAGAUGCUUCCCCCAUCCCCCGACUGCCCUCUUAUAGCCCCUCAAUGGUACCUUCUUUUACUGGUGCUCAGGCGUUUAGUGCUCCUUAUGGUGCCCUAGCUCCUGUCCCUCUUGCUGGAUUUGCAGGGACAGCUUCUCAGUAUGGUCCCCUCAAAUCAGCUUCUGUUGCCCCGCACUUGCCAUCCAGUCCUUCCUUUGCUGAUGGCCCAGGGGCUGGUCCUCAUGGCACUUCCCUGCCAUUGGUUCUUCUUGAUGGUGCCCCAUCUAGCCAAGGCCAAGGUACUGGCACUUCCACAGAGCUUCAUCACAGGCUGGAUUCUUCUUCUGGCCUAUUUGGGUCUACUAAGGGUUCUGCUGUUAAAACCAAUCUCAAGCAUGUACAGAGGCAGGAAGCACUGCCCAUGUGGCCUGCUCCUCCUGAAGUCCCUGCUGCUCACACCCUCCCCUUCGGCUCCCCGCUGCACUGUGGCUCUCUCCCGGGGUCUAGUGCUACCCUUUCUUCUCUCGGCUCUGUUCUUCUUGAGGAUAGCUCAGAUUCCUGCCACUUGGGGAUAUCCCCUUCCAGACAGCCUCCAGACCCUCCUAGCUCAGAUUCACAGCAAAUGAGUGGGCAGACAGACAGCAAAACAGUACCAGAUUCUCUCCAACAUGAUCUUCUGACUGCCACAAAUAAGAAAAGUCAUAUGGAAACAGAAAUUGAUGGAGCACAAAGUAGACAUCUUUUCAGCAAGAAGAGAAAAUCUCGAAAACCAGAUAGAUUCAGUUUUUUCUUUCAGAUAAAUAAAAACCAGGAGCAUAUGUCCCACACUCUCAAAAAAGGGAAGAAUUUCUUGCCUUGGACUGAACUCUUCAAUCUCCAAACAGAGGAUGGCUUCUGGAAACUUACAUCAGAACUAGGGGAUCUAUUAGGCCUUAAUAUAAGUAUUUUAAGCAGCUUUCUAGACAAGAAAGGCAUUCGAUCUCUAGGUGUAAAAGGAAGAGAGUGUCUGUUGGACUUGAUCGCCACUUUUCUUGUGCUGCAGUUUCUUUGCCUCACCAUGGAGCAGGAGGGAAUCAAUUCACUGAUGAAACUGAAUGACGCUUCUCUUUUCGGACAUAUUCCUUGGGCAUUUAAGAAAAUCAAGAAAGCAAGUGAAUGGGUAAGAAAAACUGAAGGACAGUAUCCAGGUAUCUGCCAACGACUUGAGCUGGGUAAAGAUUGGGACUUAGCCACCAAACAACUACUGGGAUCCAACCCAUAAGCACCGCUUUGCCUCAUCACACUUCAGUCGUCUUAAUCAAAUGAAGCUGUAUUUCAUACUUUUACCUUACAUCAUGUUUCAAUGUAUUAAAUAAUCAAACAUUGAUACCUAUCACGAAAUUAUGAUUUGAUUCAAUUUAGCAACAGUCACCCUAAAAUAAUACUACAACUAUUUUAAUGCAUGAACAAACAAUAAAUUUUAAGUGA